AUGCUGAUCACGCCUCGAACGUAUAUCGCUUCGCAGACCCCAGACCACGCCAGUUCCCGCGCUGAGGGCGCGUCCCGCUUCUACACACUCGCCGGGUGGCAUCAGAGCCCCGUGGAUACAGGACAAGCUGCGGAUAUGUUAUUCAUUCAUCAAGUCGGCAGUGUUCGCGUAGGGGAGGUAGCACGAUUCACCUUGACAUACACGCCAGCUGCCGAUCCUAUCCUGCCCAUUCCGUCCGAACUCCAUGUGAGAGUGAAGAACUCAUCUGCGAUCCCUCUUCGAGCUGCAUACCUCCAUGGCCCAUAUACUCUCUAUACAGCCUGUUACCCCUCAAAAUUUGACCCCAACAGCAAGUAUGACCGGCAGGACACCGAAGGAGCCCCCCAGUUUGAGCCGUAUCUCAAAGCUGGAGGCAGCUGGGAUGCGGUCAUCAAAAUGCCCACGCGCUUCGGAGAUUCCCACAAUCUUGCUGUUGGGCAGCUCGGACCAGAUGGAGACCGAAGCAUGACCUGGGUCAUCGAGAUUGUGUCCCAGGUGAUCUUCUCAAAUAGCGCUGCAGUCCACUUUGAGCUGCUUGUUGGCCGCGACGCAAAAUUUCAUGAACAUUGGCUCCCAGAAAGCAAGGGCCAACAAGUUGUUGCUACGAAUGGAGUGUAUUCAAAAUCUAUUACCUUACGCGUCGACGACACGACUAGCUUGUGGAACACUCCGCCGUUACCAUCGGGUACACCGGUCCCAGCGGAUGAUACGCCGCAAACAAAUCACUCGGACAUCAAUGUGAAUGAAGAUCGAGGACCAGAGAGUGCAAGCGAGACACAAGCCAUCAAGGCUCCUAGAAAAAAAAUUCAUCUGGUCGUGAUCACUCACGGAUUGCACAGUAACCUAGGCGCCGAUAUGCUUUAUUUGAAAGAGAGUAUUGAUGCCGCCGCCAAGAAGUCCAGGGAACAAGCGAAACACGCCAAAGGUGACCAGGAUAAUACUGACGAGGGUGACGAGCAGGUAAUUGUCCGAGGCUUUUCAGGAAAUGCCGUACGAACCGAACGGGGCAUUCAAUAUCUUGGCAAGCGCCUGGCUAAAUAUGUUUUGCUCAUGACCUAUCCCGAUCAGCCAUACUUCCCCCUCAAAGGGUCCAAGUCGAAGUCAUUUCCUCGCCCUUUUAGUGCUCGCAAAGACCAGGCUGAGCCCUCAUUGAAACCCCAUUCAUCAGUGAACGGAGAUGACUUUUUGAAUGGGGAGAAUAUUGCCUAUCAAAUCACCAGCAUCAGCUUCAUUGGACAUUCUCUCGGUGGAUUGAUUCAAACAUACGCUAUCGCAUACAUCCGGAAACACUCACCCGAGUUUUUUGACCGAAUCAGACCGGUGAAUUUCAUUGCUCUCGCAUCUCCCUUUUUGGGCCUCAGCAAUGAAAACCCAAUGUAUGUGCGGUUUGCUCUAGACCUGGGCCUUGUUGGACGGACUGGACAAGACCUCGGCCUUAGCUGGACAGCGCCGAGGGUGCGAAGCGGUUGGAGUGCUCUCAUCGGUGGUCGAGGAGACUCAUCAAAGGCCCAAAGCCAGCCAGACCCUGGCGCAAAGCCGCUUCUACGAAUCCUGCCCUGUGGUCCCGCACAUGAGGUUCUUCACAAAUUCCACCACCGCACCAUAUACUCGAAUGUAGUGAACGAUGGAAUUGUUCCACUACGAACCUCGUGUCUCCUCUUCUUAGACUGGCGUGGCCUCGAUCGGGUUGAAAAGGCAAGAAGAGACAACGGUCUUGUUGGCACCAUGGCCGAAUGGGGCUGGGCCGAAUUGACGGGGGCUAACUCGAAAUCCCCGCGAAUAGUAACCGCGUCGGGAGAUGGCAAUAACGGAAUGAAAACCAGGCAUCAGGGCCUCUCCGAAGAAACACAAUCCUCUCAGGGAGCCGUUGCGGUCGAUGAUUCAUCGUCACCAAGCCCCGGUCAAUUCCUGGCACGCAUGCCUUCGCGUGGGAGUAGCGCCGUGGACACGGGACCAAAAGAAAGUGAAUCCGAAAGGAACUCUGGUCCUCUCAAUUCCUUUCUCUCACUGUUUCGCCCGAAAGAAACUAAGCACACGCCUGGCAAGGGUUCUAAAAUCUAUAGGCGCAGCCAGACCGUCGCAUCUUUCGACCCUAAUGAAUCACCGGCUCCCAUCGUGCGAGGCAAUUCUAUGUACGAGGAGGAAGGCGUCCAUACACCUCCGAGGACAACGUUUUUUGAAUCGGCGGGAGACUUGCUGAUGCCACCAUUGCCCCCCACGGAUUUCAUUUUGGACCCGGCUGCUCGUCCUCGGACGAUCUUCCAUGAUCGUAUCUAUCAUCCCGAAGAUAUUCCCCAUCCAUUGCCGGUGAAGCGCCGAACGUUGGCGUUCGGCUCGCUGCAAAGCAAGAGCUCCAAAUCGGCCCCUGCUUCGGCAACUCAACUUUCUUCCGGCUCCGAGCCCAAUGCCAACGGCUAUGGGAGUGGGCUCAAAGUCGAGGAGAAAAUCGCCAGAGCCUAUCAUCGUGAUCUGUCUUGGCGUAAGGUGCUCGUCCGCCUCGAGCCCGAUGCACACAACAACAUCAUUGUGCGGCGCAUGUUUACUAAUGCUUAUGGAUGGCCCGUGGUGAAGCAUCUUGUUGAUACGCACUUUGGCCACUCUCCCACCAUCGAGGUCGAUGAUGCGUUGAAACAGAGUGUCGAUCGUGCCAAGUCCCCGAAUGUUGGACCGACUAGCUCAGGUGACGAAGUUGAAGGCCAGAGUGAUGCUGGUGAGCGUGAUGUGGAAAGCAGCCAUUGCACCAUGCCGGUCCAUUCUCAUGACCCUGACGCGUUUCAGCCGCAUGAACGAGCUGACACCUCCCCCGCCGAAAACGAAUCUCACAAGACUGCGAGCACUCUUGAGCAGUCCCAGUACACGGGCGUCUCUCGGCAGGAUUCAGCACGGUGGACUGAUCGACAGGUGGACGAGGAUGAUGACCGUGAGUCCGGAUUGGACGAAGAGGACGAGGUCGGCUUCCGUCGAUCCCCACGGCUGAACGCCUGA